UGAAUAUAUUUUUAUAAAUAUACACGCAUAUAUAUAAAUUUGAACAAAAAUACACAUAUAUUGUCACUGUGUAUAUUUAUACAUACAUAUGUUUCUUACAUACAAAGGAUUUACCUGGAAAAUUAUAAUUUCACCUUGUUAGUUGUAUCAGGAGUACAAAAUAUUAAAGGCAACAGGAGUACAAAAUAUUAAACGCAAGAGGAGUACAAAAUAUUGAAUACAUUCGGAGUAACUAAGAAGGAAAAACGAGACACGUUGUUGUUUACAUUCGUUUGACACAGAAUAAACUUUUUUUUGGCUAAAAACUUACCUUCGUUCACCUGUUAGUGGUCAGAUCCGCUUCCUGCAUCCGAUUGCUUCUAUUUAUCAUUCUAAAAUAUUGGAGAGCCUGAGAAUGUUAUUGCUGGGAUUUAUCCAGAUGGAUUUUAAUAAGAGAAUGGAAACGAAAGUGAUCCUAUUUGCUGUGAUUUGUAUACUUUCUGUAGUUAUACCUACUGAAGGUACAAUAUGUAAACAUGCCGAAACCUGUGCACAGUGUUUCACUUUGCACAAAGAUUGCACCUGGUGUGCAGAUGAGGUAUUCCAGAGUGGCCGAACCAAAUACACCAGGUGUGACAUAGAAGACAAUCUAAUAAAGAAGAAAUGCAACAGCAUCAUUAAUCCAGACAAUGAUUUGCAAUUUAUCAAGAAUGAAAACCUACGAGAUGAAAUAGGAAAUAAAACCGGUAUUCAUAUCCAACCCCAGGUGAUCAACUUAAAGUUAAGACCCAGAAAGCCUCACAGAAUAGAGCUGGCCUAUCGGGAAGCUAAAGACAGUGCUGUUGACCUGUAUGUCCUUAUGGAUCUCUCUGCUUCAAUGAAACGUAGUAAGGAGACGUUGUCAAAACUUGGACAAACACUUGCUAAAGAAAUGAAGAAGAUUACCAAAAAAUUCUUGCUUGGAUUUGGAUCCUACGUUGAGAAAGAAAUACCGCCAUUUGUUUUCACUGAUAGCAACAUAACAAUGUGUUCUGACUGUGCUAUGACUUAUGAUUACCGACAUGUCAUGAAGCUGUCUCCAAAUGGUACCAAAUUCUCUCAAAUGGUAGCUGCAGCUGAAAUCUCUGGCAGUAACGACAUUCCUGAAGCUGGGUUUGAUGCUCUCAUGCAAACAUUGGUUUGUGAACAAAUUGGUUGGCGAAGCAAAUCAAGAAAACUGGUCCUUUUUAUUGCUGGUAGCUCCUUCCAUACUGCAGGCUCAGGAAAGUUACUCGGAGUUGUGAAACCAAACGAUGAGCGAUGUCAUUUAACAGCAGCUGGAGAAUAUUCUGAGAGUAAAGUACAGGAUUACCCGUCUGUCAGCCAGAUCAGAUCUCAGGUCAAUUCGAAAAAGGUCAAUGUAAUAUUUGCUGUUCCCAAAGACCAAUUGAUGACAUACAAGCAUCUAUCGAACUUCCUGCUUGGUUCCACUGUGACAACACUACAGAAAGACUCGGCUAACAUUUUAGAUGUUAUUAAGUCAAAUUAUCGGGCAAUUGUACGUCGAGUCCAAUUAAGAGCUGAAAACAAUGAAAAUAUAACUGUUAAGUUCUUCAGCAAAUGUAACAGUGAUGAACUUAAGGAAACAGAUGUGUGUGAAAACCUAGACGCUGAUUCAAAGGUUUCAUUUGCUGUUGAAAUUGAAGUUGAUAAAUGUCCAGAGAAAGAGGCUGACAGGAAACGUACUUUUACCAUCCAUCCCAUUGGUCUGGCCAAUACUCUAACCAUCCAUCUUGAACUGCUCUGUGAGUGUAAUUGUACUGAAGCAACUAAGGUACCUGAUGAAUGCAGUGGUAAAGGCGUAAAAAAGUGUGGUGCCUGUAUUUGUAAGGAAAACUAUGUUGGUCGUAACUGUGAAUGCGAUCGAGAGAAUGUUACUAAUCAGGCUCUUGAUGAACUAUGUAAGAACCCGGACACUGGACUAAUAUGCUCUGACCGAGGCCAGUGUGUGUGCGGUGUGUGUAUGUGUGACAACAUCAAAUCUAGUAAGGACCGAUUCUUUUCUGAGCAGUACUGCCAGUGUGAUGAUUACUCUUGUGACAUCAUUGAUGGUAAACUCUGUGGAGGAAGUAAACAAGGUGUGUGUAAUUGUGGAGUCUGCAAAUGUAAAGAUGGCUUUGAAGGUCCAAACUGUUUAUGUUCCACAAAUAAUAGCACAUGUAUCGCUGAAAACGGGUUUAUUUGUAAUGGCAAAGGCAUAUGUGAAUGUGGAAAGUGCAUCUGUGAUAAAGAGAGUCUUCACCGUGGUCCAUUAUGUGAAGAUUGCCCUACUUGUUCUGGCAUGUGUUCAGAAACUAAACACUGUGUGCAAUGCAAAAUAUUCCAGUCUGGCAACUACACUUCUGAAGUUUGUGAUAAACUGUGCAAUGACUAUGAAAUAACUGCCGUUGAGGAACUUUCUGAAGAUUCCACGCGCAAGAAAUGUCAGUUUGUAGAUGAUGACCAUUGCACAUUCCUAUACAAAUAUUGGUAUGAAGGUACCAAGGUUUCAAUUGAAGCCAAAAAAGGGAAAUCUUGCCCAAUUCCUGAUUAUGUGGUGCCAUUAGCUGUGGUAAUUGGCAUAAUAUUGUUGGGUAUCAUUGCUCUUUUGAUUUUCAAAUGUGUCACAACAAUCUAUGAUCGUCGUGAAUAUGCACAAUUUUUGUUAUCUAAAGAAGAUGCCAGGUGGAGUCCUCGAGAAAAUCCAAUUUACAAAGUUCCGAAGUCAACAUAUAUGAAUCCAUUAUACGGGGGUAAAAAAUCAUACCCAGAAUAGCAAUAUUUCCUGCUCUUCCAUGUGAUGGUGUCGUACCUCCCUACACUUGUAAUUCUGCUUUCAACGUUCAGCAGGAAUGGAAAAUAUAAUUUUGUGAUGGAGAGAUUUGACACAUGUAAUUUAUAAUCACUUCUAAUCAUCUGAUUAUACAACUUUCAUUGCUUCCAAUGGUACACACAUAUAUAUAUAUAUAUAUAUAUAUAUGUAUAUAUAUAUAUGUGUAUACAUAUAUAUA